AUGCCCAAGACUGAGGUCAACAGGCCAGAUAUGAAACUGUCGACUUUCCCGUUCUUGACUGGUGAUGAGUUCUCGCAGGCAUGUCGGGAAUUCAUACGCUUGGUGGAUGGCUGUGACCGCCAGCUGGAGUCCCUUGGAUGGACAAAGGCCAGAUUCGAUGAAACUGGCGCUGAACCUGUUUUGGUGGCGAGGAAAUAUACGGACAGCCAGCCUACAGAGUCUACAGAGACUGAACCAGACGUUGGCGGGGAAAAUGCGAAUAUUGAAGACGAAGAAGAUGCGAAUAUUGCCGAUGAAGAAACUAUAGAAGAUAUAGAAGAUGACCCUGAGGCUUUGGUUCGACGGCCAGUUUCUACUCGCAAAUGCGAAGUAGAGUAUCAUGUUAUGCUAUCCCCAACAUAUCGGGUCCCUGUGCUAUACUUCUUCCUGCCAGGAGGCCCACCGUGCGGACCAAAAGAGCUUCACAACAUGUACAACUCGCUAGUUCCAGCACAGUUCAGGUCCGAGUUGAGAGACGUAGGAGUCAUGGGAGGCGUAAGCAUCACUAACCACCCUCUGACCGGAAUACCGGUAUACUUUGUCCACCCAUGUGCUACCAGCGAAGCGCUAAAGAGUGUAGCAGGAGACAAGGAGCAGACGACUGAGACAUAUCUGCUAUUAUGGAUAGGGUUGGUAGGGAAUUGCGUCGGGCUAAACGUCCCGCUGGAACUUGUCGCACAAGCAGGAAAUUUAUAA